AUGUUAACCAAUGUGUUAAAAAGUCCAGUCCAUUCAAAGCUUCACGCCUUGACACCAGCACCAGCUAAUAAGGACAGCUGCGAUUUUGAUCUGCCUCCACUCUGGAAUGAUUUGGAAGUUCCGGAAUCGGGUGUAGAUGAUUCAGAUUCUGAUUAUGAACCGGAUUAUAGGCUAUAUUUGCAUCAUGAAGCGGACAGUCCUACUCCCAACAUGGUCGCGUAUGCCCAACGGACACAAAGACCGCCGUCUCCACCGUGGCCGGAAGUGACUCCGUUCGAUUUCAGCGUCCAUGGCUGUAGCGAAUGGGAGCGUGAAGAGGCCCUGUUGGUGAAAAUGGGACCUGAAGAAGCCAUGAAAAGGAUCGCUCAGUUUCAAGAAAAUGUCAAUAAGAAAGCUCUUAUUGACUGGGUCAGAGUAACUGGACUUCCCAAUCCCCGUAAGCGAAAAAUAGAUCGCUUACUUGAAGAUUUUGCAACUGAUAUAUUGAAAUACAACAAGCCCCAACCUUUUAGCUGGCCAGUACCUGCCGGUACUCAUGGAGGACUUCUCGCUAUCCGGGCUCGUAUUACAUACGAGUUUUGGAAAUUCUUCAUGUCAGAGGGAAGGAAGACACUUUAUGAAUACAACAGCACCAAUGGCACCGAUAUAAAAAUCUCUAGGGAAAAGACCAUCACAUUGGAGGAUCAGGACAGACUAGGACUCUAUAUAAGAAAAAUCAUCAAGGAUGAAUAUAAAAGAAUCAACAAGAAGGGAGUAGAAGUAACCUUGAAGAAAAGCCUUCUUAAAAUUGGAGACUAUCAGCCUGUGAAGCCGGCAAUUGCUGCAAUCAUGUUGGACAUUGAUAUUGAGGCGUGGUCCGGACUUCCACUUGAACAAUUGCUAACUGAAAAGGAAAAGGAAUCAUUGGAGAAAGGUGAAAUCAAAAGAGGAUCGAUGCAACUACCUGACAUAACAUUGAGCAAGCAUACGCGAAUGGUGGAUGAACAAGGAGAAAUUGCAAAUGGAAUAAAUGUAGUGAAUGAAGAGGAAGAGAAGGAAAAUCAAGAAGACGAGGACCGUCCAACUACUUCUAAGAAGAGAUCAAGUGACCCCGUUGAAGACGAACCUUCCAUUAAAAAGAGAAUGUUGCAAUAA